CGCCGCCGAUUGGCUGCGCGCGGGAACCGGUCGCCGCGUCCCGCCGCCCUGCCCCGCGCCGCUACAAACAACUUCAAAUUCUUAUUCAUGUUCCUUGCCACGACCGUUGCUGCCGUUGAGAGCGCGCGCACUAUGCGCCCGUACUUCGCGUAAUCUUAUCGAUAUGUGCUCGAUGUUCAACGUGAAUCUAGUGUUUUGAUGUGUCAAUUUAACAUUAGAUUAAGUGCACGGCGGAGCAGUGUGAGUGUGCAGCGAGACGCUCCGACUGCGCUAUGAAAACACACGCACGACCUGGUGUUUUUGUUCUUUUUGUAUCGCGAGUGCUUCGUGAGCGGCUUCGACGUAAAGUUACCUGUGCCAUGUGCAUCAGAUAAUGUUGUGCUCCUGUUAGUUUGACGACAAACUAAUAUGCUAGCUAGUGGAUAUUGCGACGGAGUGGCGUUGUGUUUUGGUGAUUCAUAGUGUCGUGCGGUGGUGACAUGAAGGUGACAGUGUGCUUCGGGUCGGUGCGGGUGCUGGUCCCGUGCGGCGCUGGCGACCUGCUGGUCAGAGACCUCGUGCGGGAGGCCACGCACCGCUAUAAGAAAGCUACUGGACAGGGUCCAGAAACAUGGGUGGGAGUAAGAGCGUUGCGUGCCAGUUCAGGAGGUAUUCUGGACCCGGACGAUCGCGUGCGGGAUGUGGCGGAUGACAGGGAAACCCUCACGGCUGAAUGCACCAGUCAAGCGCCACAACCUCGCGCCGCGCAAGCAGAUGGCGCCAGUGGGUCUUCAGCCGGCACCGCCUCCCCUGACAUGUUUCGGGGAGGUGGCGGUGUCGGCGGUAGUAUGCGCGUUCCUGACACCGACUCCUGCGUCGAAGUCGGGGCGGCAGACUUGGAAGAUGGAGCGAACGGUCUGCAGGUACGGCGCGGGAGUGAACCCACGCUACACCAGGAUACCCUACCGCCUCAGAGACCGGUAUCAGAACAAACAAAGCGGUGGUCGGCUGCAGUGGUGUGCCGGGACGACAGUAGCAGAGUGACGCAGAAGGUGCACCCGUUACCGGACGGCCGGCCGCCCGAUGUCGGCGUGGACCGGCACGGGCAACACUUUCAAAGGCAGUCUAAUCGCCUAUCAAUGCAGUUUUCUGGGCCUGGCGGUGUAUGGUUGGACGCAGCAGAGCGGGUCCAGAGUUAUGGCAGCAAAAGUCUUCCGAGAGACGCUCGAAGGGAACCAUUAGGACAGGACAUGCCAGUAAACAACCACCAAAAUCAUAGGGUAGAAGACAUGCUCCGGUGGGUGUCAGGAGUGAACAAUGUGGCAAGUGUACAUCCUGUGCAAGAACGGCCUCUUGAUCUCUUACCCGAAGGGGGCAGUAGUGAACGUGCGAUAUCCGGAAUGGAAGUCCCAGUGAGUCCCAGCAGUAAGCCGACGUCGGGCGCCACGCAAACCGUGGCCGUCACCCUGGUGAAGGGAGAGAAAGGCCUCGGCUUCACCAUCACCACCAGAGACAACCCCACUGGGGGACACUGUCCUAUUUAUAUCAAGAAUAUUUUACCUAAGGGUGCAGCAGUAACAGACGGUAGAUUACGAGCGGGCGACAAGUUGGUGUCAGUGAACAAUGUGUCAGUCUCCGGACUGACGCAGCAACAAGUCGUCACUCUACUUAGGAACACUCCCACCGACUCCACCGUCGAGAUAGUCAUCGAGAGAACUGUACCUAAUCGGACACAGAGGGUAGAACCCCAACAAAGUCCGACGAAGUACGUGGAAAAAGCGAUAGGAACACCAAUGAACGCAGUGGAAGUCCCGAAGCCUUCAGAAAACGGACGAGUGUCCAGUAUAGUGAAUGCCAUUAACCAGAACAACGUGAACAGUUCCAUGCGAGGCAGGAUACCUAAGAGCUCGUCGAAAGAUGAUCUGCUGCAUAAGGAUAAUAGCAACGACAGUGCACUGCAAGACGCUUUGAACUCUUCGUCUAAUUCUAUCCUUGGUCUCCGCAACCGGCUGAUACUUCGGCUGGACGUGCCGGUGCACGACUCGGAGAAGGCAGGCCUGGGCAUCAGUGUCAAGGGGAAGGUCACUGUCGGACCUGAUCCCCAGGACCUGGGCAUCUUCAUCAAGUCUGUGCUACAUGGAGGAGCGGCGUCUAGGGAUGGGAGAUUACACACAAACGACCAGUUAUUAUCAGUGAACGGCGUGUCACUAGUGGGACAGAGUAACGCGGAGGCGAUGGAGACGUUACGACGGGCGCUACUACAUGCUCGGCCACAGCGGUCCGGGAGCAUUUCCCUCACUAUUGCUAGGAGGACUGAUAGUAUGGAUAGCCUAGCAAGGUGGAAAGACGACACGCCUCCAAAUGGCAACGACACAACCAACUCAAACGAGAACUCACAGAACUACAACACCGUCAUAUACAACGCGAGCAGCGACAAGGAGAACAAACCAGUAGACAACUUCAACCAAAAAUACGAUACCAAUCAAAACGAGGGCUUCGACAGCCACGACGGUAGGAGUAGCAAGAAACAUGCAUCCAUAAUAACUAUAAACAACAACAAUAGUUGGGUCUCAAACCAAUCAGACGAUAGUAAAGGUUAUUUAGAAAGGGACAAAGAUAUACCUCCACAUGAUAAUAAAAGAGAUAGCUUCGAAUGGAGUAGGCUUGAUGGCUGGAACCCUGUAAUAGAUCGACUGACUGGACUAAGAAAUGAAAGCUAUUACAUGGCAACCCAGAUCGAUGCUCCAGUAACGAAUGGCCACCACUAUAGACAUAAUUUGGGACACGUACACAUGCCACGGUCGCCGCCUGCGCAUCAUAAUGUUAUUAUUGAGGAGGAUUAUGGUACAACGAGGGGUAGUGGUAGUGGUUGUGGCGGUGAGUCUGGCAGUGAGAGUGGCGCGGGGUUCAGUCGCGACGCGGUCGGCCGCCGGUCCAUGUCGGAGAAACGACACGCCGCGCUGGACGCCAAGAGCACUGGAACCUACAAGAAAAUCAAGGAGACCAAAGCUAUCAAUGCAUUACAAGUGGGUCCGUCAUUAGGAAUGAGAAAAUCAUCAAGUUUGGAAUCUUUACAAACAGCGAUACAAGAGACGCAGAGAAAUCCACGCAACGAACCUAUUUAUGCACGAGCGCACCCACCUUUAAAAACGUGGUUAACGGACGACCACCACGGACCGGACAUGAUCAGAGGCUCACCGCAGCAAUCGUCACUGUCACACAAGAAGCCAUCCAUACUCAAGUCGUUAUCAACUAUGUUUAGGAUAGGAAAACCUCACAAGAAACCAGAAACAGAAGUAUACGGCAGAUCACAGCCGGGCAGAGCUUCAGAGAAGUCACUGUCAAGGGAAGCGUUAGAGCGACACAACAGAAUAGAAGAGAGGGAGAAAGAAGAAGAACCCGCUACCAAACCACAGCAGAGAUCGGAAGUAUCCCACUCGCGCCAAGGAAGCAGUGGUAGCGGCGACCGCACGCACAAGUCCGAGCGCCGCGCGCCGCCGUACAGAGCCCCACCACAUCAACAACACCCGCAGGGCAUGGACAGCGCGUGGGGUCCCACCGGUCACUACGUCAACUAUGAAGAAAUACAACAGAAUUUAAACGCGCGUCGCGAGAAGUUGAGCGAGGUGCAGAUAGGACAGAUGAGGAGACAGGUCAGCGCGCAGAGGGCCAAAGCAGAGGAAGAGAGUCGUCGGGCAGGGGCGGGUGGCUACCACUCACAGCGCUCCUGUAGAGAGGGGGGCGUGCGGCCGCAGUCCAACUACUAUGAGUACGAGACGGCGCCGCCACGGAGGCCGGGCAAACUGUCCCACUACCACUGAGCAAUGGACAGCGAACAACACGAUAAUUCCGCUUCGACGCCAGACACCGACGGCCGAGGUAUCCGAUCUCAUUUUAAUUGGCGAUACUUUUAACGAUUAUAUCGCUUCAGUAGACGUUAAUAACGCCAUCUGUCGCCUCGAUUCCUUAUUGAUUUAACUUCAAGUGCUUUCACUGAGACUGAGCUACGGUCAUUAAUUGUUAUUCUACAUAAUUUGCUGUAUCGAUUGCUGGUAAGAAUACGAUGUUAAUUGUCAUUAAAUAUAAAAUAAUUGUCUCAAGAAUUAUUUACGCUUGAAGUCGUUAAAAGUGAAUUUGUUUUCAAUAUGGCUACUUAAACCGUUAUUUAGUGCCUUCGAUGUAAUAAAAUACAAGGGGCUUGUGUAAUUUUGUACCUUUUCUAUACCCAGUGAUAUGUAUAUUACAUCUUAUUUUUGCGUCUAACAUAAACAAAAGUUUUCCAAGUAAAAUACAAUUGUAUAAAAAAUCGAUUAUGGUUAUGUACGCAAUAACCUUGUACUUAAAACUGAAGAAUCCCUUUUUUUCUGAAACUGUUAAAUGAAGCAAGUAUUUUACACUACAGUAAUUAACAAACAAACCAUUUUUACAAUACAUUUUUCUGUAGUUAAUAAAUGAUUUUUGUGUUUAGAAAUCUUCCUCAAUUUUUUAUUUUAAUUCUUGUUUUUACAACUUAAACAAUAACUACACAUUUUCGUUUAAUAGACGUCAAAAAUAAUUGUGAACAUAUUAAUUUGAAACGAAACAUAAUACAUAAUUUAAAUAAUAUUAAAGAUGUAGCUAAUGAGCAUUUUUUUCUUGGAGACACUUGUUUGUUAAUCAUUGUGCUUACUUUAACACAAUAUUGUAAACCUCAUAAUUUAAAACUAAAAGAAAAUUAUUAUUGUUUAACGUAUAAUCAGUUUCCUAUAUUAUAUCUUUAUAAUGCAGUGUAAAACUAUAAAAUCAUUUUUAACAUAGUACCCACCGUUACACUAAAAUCAUUUUUAACAUUAACAAAACUUUGUUAAAAAUGAUUUUUACGUGCUUACUUUGUUAAAAAUGACGUACUUUACUUCAGUUAUGUAAUUUGAUUUCAACUGAUUAUGUAUUUGUCCUUAUAUUAGGGAUCUGUUUAAUACAUGAAGGCUUGACUACAAUGAGAACCAACGAAUGUUCAUUUUUUUUAAACAAAGUCCCUAAGCUCAAUUUUAAGUUGACACUAAGCAUCAUGCUCUUUCCUCCCUUCACUUGAAAACAAGUAUUGGAUUGUUACAAAUACUUUAAAGAUCAUCUUUACAUUGAGAGGCGACUCAAGCAUUUGGACAUAAGGACCUAAAGAAAUUUCGAACAUUCAUCAUUGUAGUGGACCCUUCAGACAUCGUUGGUUAAAAUUUUUUUACUGUAAAAUCGGCGUUACAUCUGGCCAUUUCCUCGAAUAUUCGGUACAAGAACUUUUAAAUAUUACAGUACCCUUAGUACGACUUUACUUUACGUUUAACAAGAUCGCGCGUUCUGCGCUCUGAUUGGCCGGUGCUAAUGAACCAACCAAUCAGAGUGCCAGACGUGCUCUCGUUUCGUUUUCGUUCAACGUAAAGGAAACUCGUACUAAGGGUACUGAUGAUAGGAAAAUCCUCAUUUUAAAAUAUUAUGUCCUUUAAAGUAAAACUUGUCCUUCAACGCAGUCACCUGGAUAUCGUUCCUUGCUACUCCAAAACUUAGUUUAAACGUGAAGUAGCGACUUGUUCACUUGUUCUCAAGUAGUAUUAAUCCCAGCUCUUAAGUUUUGAUUGUUCUAACUCGCCUGUGACUAAGAUAAUCCCUUGUUUGUUAUCUUAUCUUAUCUAAUGCUUUUCGAUAUUAGUUGAUUUACGAAAUCUUGAUCCUGAAUUGUUAUUGUUGGAAUAUUUUUACCUUACGAAAACUAGAUUCAAAGAUUUUCUACUCUCUUAUCAUAAUUUCUGACGUCGAAAUUAAGGUAAUAGGUAAAAUUGUUACAACAAUAAUUGUCUUAAGUCAAUCCCUUGAAUGUACGAGGAAUGCAUUGUGUAGUGGCCGUCCUAUAAUUCGAUAAAAGGAUCCUAAUUUAUGUCUACGUGGAGGAAUCUUAUUUAUAUACCUUGUCUAUGUAUAUGGAUGGUGGUGCCAUCAUUUCUUAGUUUUAAUUUCGUCUGAUAUCGCGCUAUAGGUACUUAUUCGUGCUAUCGUAAAAUAAGAUAGAUUGUACACCGUAUAUGAAAUGAUUUGAGUGUUUAUUAUAAAUGAAAUUACAUAAAUAUUAUAUAAAAGAUGUGUGAUAGUCUGUCCGUAUAGUGACACAUUGAUAGUAUUACAAAACAUUGUUAAAAAUCCCAAACAGCGACUCCAAACAAUACAACGGUUGCCUCAUCAAGUAAUUAUGUUUACUAACAAAUUUCGAAGUGUUUCUAUACGAACAGACUGUGUGAUAAUUAAAAUAGGAGUGACUUGCGAGAUUCCCAAAUAAAGUGUGUCUCUAAGUGCGCAGGAAUUCGUUUGUCUCGUACCUAAAUCUCCCGACGUCGUAUUUACGUAAAGGCUUGUCGCAGGCACUACGUAGCUACAUGUACAUUCCUACUUACCUUCUAGUAAGAUUAUGAAAGAAGCUUUAAAGUGUAGAUUAGAUUUAUAAUUAAGUUAAAUCUGAUAACAUUUACGUGUGACUGAAUAAUUUAUAUCACUUUGAAGAAUUAUAACUAUUCGUUUACUGUGUAAUAUUGUAAAGUUAGGCGACUACGUUUUCAUCGUUUUCAAUGCAACAAUUUAUUGUAUUCUGACUGUAUUAACUCUUAUUUUAUAUUUUUGUCUUUAAUAUUUCCAUGUUUUUGUGAUAUCUAAUCGGUAUUUAGUGCUAGCCCGGCUAUGGGUUCUCGUGGUGAUAUGAACAUGAUCGCUAGUUACAUAAUUAAACGUAUGUAGACAUUUGUACUGUAUAUAUAAAAUCUAGAUGUUCUACGAGAUUAAUUUUGUAUAGACAGAGGAAAGUAGCUUUUAUAUUUCAUAAAUCAUGACUUAUUUUUAGUUGUAACGAACAAGUUGUUUAGAUAUUAAGUCACAUUGCAAAUGUUUAUUUGCACCGAAGUGCCCAUACAUGUACAUAAUUAGGCGUUUAUAUUACAACGUCAAUAGUAAUUUAUUCUUCUCUUUGAUUCCAGUUUAGUCAAAUGGAAGAAUACGUUAUAAUGAAAUACUUAAAUACAAUUGGACAUUCAAUGUAUGUAAAAUAAAUCAAAAGUGGAAA